AUGGAAGAUCAGAGCACUACUAGUGGAAGCUCACCCACAAGAGCAAGAGGAAGGGGCAAGUCUCGCGGUGGGUUGGGCAAAUAUCUUCGCGCACGGGGGCGAGGUCGCGGAAGAGGACGCCCUGCAGAAUGGGGACAACGCUUGGUGCUGGAUGGAGAACAGGCGGAGCUGAACGAGGAGGAGCAGCGCGAGCUGGAGCAGAAAUUCGCAAGGAGGCAGCUGAGCACGAACGCCGACCGCUAUGCAGAGCCUGAGCCCGAGUUGGACUCGGAAGGAGAAGAAUUAAAGGAGCCUGACAUCGACCUGUCCUCAUUCCUUGAGCGUCAGCGACUUUCAGCUCAGCCCUCUGCACUACUAUCUCCCGACGAGGAUGAAGAUGUAGAUCAUAGCCUCGCCCACGUCGUACCAGCUACCCAAACCACAGUGCCUUCAAAGAAAGGCAAGGUACAGCAAGUCGAGUGGGAUGCUUCUUUGGAAGAAAUGCGGCGAGAGAAGGCUGCUGCUGAAGCGAAGUGGGAUCUUAAGACACGCUUCCGCGCGCAAGCUGCUACACAACGCGGCAAGCCUACUAGCCGUGGCGGAUCUGCUUCCCGGAGCAGCAAGCAGCAAGACAAAGUGUAUAGCGAGGCCCCACUUCUUCCGACCGAGCAAAAGCCGGAAAAGCCGGAAAGAGAAGAUAUGCAAGAUUUUCUGGACGAUUUACUUGGCUAA